AUGUACAAUUCUAGUUUGUUGGUUAUUCAAAAAUUAUUAAGUACAAAUGCAUAUCUGGGCCAUCGAAUACCUACUUCCGAUUUUCAAGGAUAUUUAUACGGAUUUAGAAAUGAAAUGGCUAUUAUUAAUUUAGAAAAAACACUUAUUUGUUUACGAAGGGCUUGUAAUUUGAUUGAAUCUAUUAUUCGUGCAAAAGGCCAUUUUUUAUUAGUAAAUACCGAUCCAGAAUAUAAUAAAAUAGUUCAACAAAUGGCGAAAAAAACCAAUCAGAGCUAUAUCAAUCAUAAAUGGAUUGGAGGAUUUUUGACCAAUCGCAAACAUAUGAAAAAUGUACAAAAACACUUUCAGAAUUUCUCUGCGCAUUCCAAAUUGAAAGACGCCUCUACAUCGUCGCCCUUCGAUUUUUUUCCACAUUUUAGAAAGAUGCAAAAAUGUUUUGAAGGAAUCAUGACACACGAUAUUCCAGAUUGUUUAGUAAUAAUAAAUGCAAAUAAAAAUUCUAUGGCUAUACUUGAAGCCAAUCAAUUACAAAUACCUAUCGUAUCUUUGGUGGAUUCUAAUAUUUCAAACAGAUUACAAAAAUUAAUAACUUAUCCCAUUCCAGUGAAUGAUGAUUCUAUACAGUUUGUAUAUCUAUUUUGUAAUUUGAUUACGAAAACAGUCAUUCUUUCACAAAGUGCUUGGCCGCUCUCGCGAAAACCCUUAAGUCGAGGCCGCAGGCCCUAG